UGGGUGCCCGACGCCAGAGGUGACCCUGAGGCGGUUGGUCGUUGGAGGACAGGCGGUGCGAGGGCAGCCCCGGCGGUGGGGUCCUGGCUGGCGCCUGCGCAGUGCGUCCUGUCGCUGAGGACCGGGGUGACCCUGAGGCGGACCUAGUGACGGGCUUGGCGGUGCUGAGGCGAGCGGGGCCGCGAUGCUGAACAAACUCCUGGGGCCGCGCUACAAGGAGCUAGUCAAGUACUGGCUUCCCACAGCAGGUACAUGGGGUGCUGUUGGUGCUGUGGGGCUAGUUUGGGCCACUGACUGGCGUCUGAUUCUGGAUUGGGUGCCAUACAUCAAUGGCAAAUUUAAGAAGGACAAUUAAGCUAUCUUUUCAAUCUUAUGGUCUAGGAAUGGAGGACUUUUGGGGGACUGCUCUUCUUGGGGAUCCUGAUUGGACACAAAUGUGAAAUGCUCAGGGUAGACUCCAAGGACCUUGAUGUCUCUCACCAACGCCUUUGAUGUAUCACUUGUAUAGGGAUAAUUAAACCUCCCUCUGAAACAUGCUGACUGCUUAGGUGUUGAGCACAGGAAUAACUAUCACAACAGAUUGCAUUAUGCCAGAUUUCACAAUGACAAUAUGGAAUUAAAAACAAAAAACAAACGCCAAGGCCAAGUUUGAAACCUUUCUGUGGUAAUUUUUGAUUAUUUCUUUGUAACAAAAAUGAGGACAGGAGGAAGAAAAAAAUUAUUCAUUUAUUCAAGAAACAUUAAACACCUGUCAUGGGAGAAGAGUUAGGGUAUGACGACACUUAGCAUAGCAUC